AUGGACACAAUUGCUGCUUACCUCCCUCAACAUGCGGGAUUCCUGCCCAAGUGGCUCCUCUUUGUCUCGGUCGUGUCGUCUCUAAACACCUUUCAGGCAUUCGCCAGUCCUGCCUAUACCGGCCAGCUCUACUCUGCGGCCCCAGUGACACCUCUAUCCUCACGCAAAUUCGGGACAUGGACGUUCUUAUCCUCUGUUAUUCGCAUGUACGCCGCAUAUUACGUGUCUAAUCCUCAAGUAUACGACCUUGCCAUGUGGACUUACGGAAUUGCACUGGCCCAUUUUGUCAGUGAAUGGCUGAUUUUCGGCACUGCAAAGGCACAGGGGAGAUUUAUUAGCCCUUUGAUCGUAGCCAGUUGCAGUUUGACAUGGAUGUUAACCCAGAGAAGCUGGUAUCUGAAUCUGUGA